GUCGUUUGAAAGUCACUAUAGAAUCGAUAAAGAAGUUCAGAAUGGAAGCCAGUCAUAAACAGCUUAUUUAUCUUCCUAAUAAUCGUUCGCGUCGACUGUUUUCGACCCAGAAAAAAUCAUCCUGAGGCUUUGUAGCAGUUGCAGAUGAUCAAUGUUGGAAGGAUGGUAUUGUCGUUCAAUCGCAAACAACAACGCAGAUGCAGAGGACGAUGACGAAGACAGCCCAGAAGAAGAAGUGCCUAAUUACAAGGAUCAGUAUCGCAAUCUCAAGAGAAAGUUGAAGUUUCUAAUCUACGAGAAUGAGUGUUUCCAAGAAGCGUUGCGCUCCACGCAAAGGAAGCUGCUCAAAGUCAAUCGUGACAAGAGCUUCCUGUUGGAUCGCUUGUUGCAAUACGAGAAGGUAGACGCGUCCUUCAGCGAAAGCGACGAAACGGAGUCGUCCGACGAAGAGGUCCCUCGUCUCGACACUUCCAAAAGGAAAAAAAUCGAGAUGGGCAUUAGCAAUCAUACUUCGCACCACAUACCGACAGUGACGAAACCCUUCAAUGCCAGUAAAAAGAAGAAAACCACUCCGAAAGUGACAAAAUCAAACAACACACCUAUAGUACAAUCGUCUAACAAUAUAGUGCCGAUGUCCUUGAUGUCGGAUGGUCACAUGACACCGGAGGAAGUAGAAAGACAUUUAGAGUCUCGACAGACUUACUUGGAGCUUGUACCAGAGAAAGCACCGCCUACAGUUCCCACGGAAAUGUUCAGCAAUGACCCUUCGUUGGAUAGCGAGUCGAACGAAAUCGGUGAAUUAGAAACGUCCCCGAGCAAUAUGGGCGAGGAUUGUCUCAGCGUGGAUAUGAUGGCUGAGUGACGAACAUUAGUUUGUAAACUAGCGGUUAAUUACACAUUGCACAUAAUUACGUAUUGCGUUAAUAUUACAUUAUUCGGCUAACUUAACUGUACUCUUCGUAAUAUAAUACAAAUUUUUAUACAUGUA